CAGGACUACUCAUUGAAUGCAAGUCUGCAAAGCAUGCUCGUUGACAAAAUAGGAGACUGCAAGCAGAUGUUGUCCGUAAGGUUGGACUGGACGAAGCGUCAGUUCGUGUAUAGCACGUGUAAGAAUCUCCAGUCUCGUAGGGCUUUCCAAGAGCCCGAUUGAGUCGUCUUGCAAACCGCGAUCAAGAGGCUGCACCGAAAUGUGGACCUGCAAUAUGAAGGCAGUGUCGAGCUCAGCCGGAGGACCCUGGUUCCCUGAUUCUUCGCUUCCAGUAGCGCGUCACGCAUGUGCCGAAACGCGAACUUCAUCGUGAGCUCGCGUCAGCUUGCAGGCGCAAACUACGGCGGGGUUGCGCCAACACCCCCAGCUCCCGCCAUGCAUGUUCGUUGCUAGCGAUGGGUGUUUCCUCCUCUCAGCCCAUACCUAGCUCGCAAGUCAACAAUCUAAAUCCCAAAUUGUCAACGCCUACCGCGACACCGAACCGCGCCAUACGCGAGCCCAUCCACACCCCGACCAUGGACGACGAGGCAGCAUCGCAGCAACUCAUGAGUGAGGCUGGCGCAGCCCACUACACCAACCAUAACGACAGAGCCAUCCCGCUGAGCCUCAACGGCGCAAACGCCCCCAAUUCCAGCAAGAAGAAGUCGAAGAAGUCAAAGAAGCGGGAGAAGGCGAACAAACCGGACAAGUCGGAGAGACGACAUCUCGCAGGAUUGCAAGCCCGCUCCUCGCAAAUUCCCACGUUCGCCCCCGCAGACCUGCAAGCCUCCGUAAGCGAGACACCGUUGAACAGCGAGCUUGUUCCCUCGACUGCACCGUUAGCGCAGGUCGAGGUACCCGAUACUCAGAUGUCCAACGGCCCCUCGCCAGACACAGCGCGAAGCAAGCUUACGAAGAGCAAGAGAAAGAGGGAAGUCGAGGUCGAGACCGACCCCCAGGAGAGGAGCGUGCCAGCGACACCUUAUGAGGCUGCGGAUGAGGGUCGGUCUAAUCAGAAGCACCGUAAGAAGCGCCACUUGCAAGCGUCCAUACACGGCGUCAACGGCGAUGCGACAGAGGUUGGCGCGACACCAGGAGCCACCCAAGACGUCUCUGACCAACCAGAUUCUCGCGAGGAGCUGGAUGGCGCACCGCCUGCACCCUUGACUCCCAAAGUUCUGCUUCAAGACCUGAAGGCUGAACAUUCGCAGAGAUCGCAGGGGUCACAACCGAAAUCCCGUAAAUACCCUCCAACGUCCGCUCAGCGGAAGCAAGAGGCAACAGAGACGACGCAUGCGGAUGUAGGCGUCGAACAGCACGCGGUAGACGUUGAUGGAGAGCUCCCAGAAGCUACAGUCACCGAGACUGCAGGAAGGGCACUGGGUGCCAAUCAUAGUCUCAGCAACAAGAAGAGGAUGAAGAAGAACAAGAACAUCCUCGAAGCGAGAAUGAAGAAAAACAAGAACACCCUCGAAGCACCCAAACUCGACUGGGACGCGCCGGUGCGAAACCUCGACGAUACCCCAUCCCAGUCCUUCCCUGACGACGAUAUCGAUGCGACAGAAACGAUCGAGUCACACCUCAAGGAGAAGAAGAGGAGGAGAAAUUCGGCCAAAUCAUCCCGAUACAGCGUCGGUGGUCUUGCGAGGUCACCCACCAAAAGGCCUCCGAAGCACGACCCGAACAAGAAUUACGAGCGUGCUCGUGACGAGGACGACCGCACGGCUGCUGACAGGGCACUGGAGUCGACGAAGGAGCUGGGUCAUCCAGCGGAGCUACGCAUGAGCGGCGAUUACAGCCCUGAUGAAAACGAAUUGCUUCGUCGUGCCAUCAGGGACUUCCAACAACGCGAAAAUAUCGACACCGCCGACCUUGUUAGGAUCAUCCAAUUUGUUCCUACCCGUAAAGACGCUACAGAAAGACACACUACAGAGCAGGUCGAGACAGACCUCAAAAAGCAGAGCGCCGCUUUCUGGGAAGAAGUAAAAGGUACUGGUCUCCGGCGCAAUAUGAAGAAUGUCAAAGAGCACGUGCGCGCGACCUACCACAUAUACCAACGCGGACCAUGGUCUGCGGACGAAGACGAGCAACUCCGUAGACUUGUCGACCUUUACCCAAAUCAGUGGAAGCUCAUCGCCUCAAUGCUGAAUCGUCUGAGAAGAGAAGUCUUCAACCGCUGGAACGACUACGUACAACACGGCGAGGGCCGAGUGACAAAACGCUGGAGUCAGGAAGAGGAAGAGAAGUUCGUCAAGGUGCUCUCUACAGCGUGUCAGAGGAUCGAGGAUCACCGAGCGGAGACCGGCCAGCCGCCUCUCGACGACUACCUUUCUGUGGUCAACUGGUCCGAAGUCUGCAAAGAGAUGGGAGACACGCGCAGUCGGCUCCAAUGCCAAUACAAGCUGAAGCAGAUGAGAGCCCGCGUUCCGCCGCCCACCUUCGCCUUGGACGUCAAGCCGAGACAGACUCCACCUCCUGGCGAAGUCGACGCAGAGCCCAAGCACGACGACCAGGCCAACGGGGAGGAUGCAUCACAAGUGAACUUGAGCAAGAAGAAGAAGAAGAAGAAGAAAAGACAGAGCGGUGCAGGUUCGGUCACAAAGCAGACCGAGGAACAGGCCCAAAAGCAGGCCGAGAAGCAGGCCCAAAAGCAGGCUAAGAAGCAAGCUAAAAAGCAAGCCAAGAGGGAUAACUUCAAGUCGAAGGAGUUAGUCACCGAAAGCGACAACGCCGAAAGCGAGCAGGAGGGUUGACAUGACUUUCCGUCGUGCUGCAGACG